AUGAUGAGAGGGAUUUCCAGUGGCUUUCAAGAUUUGACAUUUAUGGCCCAUUCUGAGAUGAGGUUUCAGUAUUUGAAUGCUCCAAUAGAGCAAAAUCUGAAAAGGCCUUGGCUUUCACCUCCAAUGGGAGAGGGAAGAUCAAUAAAGUGGAAAAAUGAUGUCACUGAGAAUGAAGAGACUGGGAGAAAAACUGGACAUAGAAAGCUAUGUGCCAGAGGCCAUUGGAGACCUCAUGAAGAUGCUAAACUCAAAGAACUUGUUUCUCAAUAUGGUCCUCAAAACUGGAAUCUCAUUGCAGAAAAGCUACAAGGAAGAUCAGGCAAGACUACUCAAGUUUUAGUUUUGAACUUAGAUCCAAGAUUAAACAGAAGGGGUUUUACUGAGGAAGAAGAGGAAAGGCUUUUAGCUGCACAUAGAAUGUAUGGUAACAAAUGGGCUAUGAUUGCUAGGAUUUUCCCUGGAAGGACUGACAAUGGAGUCAAGAAUCAUUGGCAUGUGAUAAUGGCAAGAAAAAAUAGAGAGCAAAAUAGUGUUUAUAGAAGAAGAAAACUCUCUUGUUCAAGGGUCCAAACAAAUGGAUUUUCUUUAAAUAACAUAGAAAAUAAGGCUUGCAUUGAGUCAAUCAAGACUAAUGACUAUAUUAUUGAUGAAUCUGCUGUCUCAACCUGCACUGAUCUUUCCCUCACUCCCUCUUCUGUUAAAAUGACUCAGUUUUUCAGCAGGUUUAGACCUGUCCAGCAUCACAAUCUAUUGGAAUCAAAGAUAGGUUUAACAGGAGAAGAAAACUUGCUGGUUCAUAGUAACGGUCAGUACUAUGGGAAUGAGCCAAUGGCUCAUGCUGCAGAAAUGGAUCAAUCAGGUUUAACAGGAGAAGAAAACUUGCUGGUUCAUAGUAACGGUCAGUACUAUGGGAAUGAGCCAAUGGCUCAUGCUGCAGAAGUGGAUCAAUCAGGUCACUCAGAUUCAAAUUCUGAAGUUACUGCGGCAUCUGAAUCAGUAGCCAACUACAGGGCCAAUCUCUACAUGUUUGGGGAAAAUGAGAAUGGAAAAUUUGAGACCAACAACAUUGCAUUCAUUGAUUUUCUUGGAGUAGGAGCCACUUGA